AUGAAAGAAACCAGCCAACGCUUUCCUCAGCGUAGCUUUACGUUGCCUGUAAUGAUACCGGACGACAACAUUUCUGGCAUACCAACACCCCCAAAGAACGUCGACUAUCUGAGCUACGAAUGGAAAGAAAACGAAUUAGAGACUUCGUGGAAGGUAAUGUCUAAACAAAAAAACGAACACGCGAAUGGAAUUAGGUUGGAAAAUGCAAGCUGGAGGACUUGGGCUAAACAAAAAUAUCAUCUUCGAACUGUCAACCCCUCGAAAUUGAACUGGUUGAAAGACAGUGACGUAACUUGGCUCUAUGGUCCACUCCACACUGCUCAUAGUCCAAUAUUAGAGGAAUCAUCGCCAAAAUCGACACAAGACAAGUUUCUUAUGGGUUGCAAAUCAUGUCUCAAAAAAAAAUCCAUAUCGGAAGUAUUCCGAUUUAAUCCAAGGCCGCGUCCUCGCCUGAACAGCUGCUCGUCGGAUACUCAACUCUACCAAAAAGAGUCGGAUGACUCUAGCAAUUCGCAAGAAUACCAUAUAAGAUUCAACAAUAAAGUAGAACAAUACAUGGCGGUCGACGAGGAAGAGUCCGAUGAUGAAAUGAUUGAGGAUAACGGCAGCGAGAGUGGGAGCAACAGUGACGACAGCGCGAUCGUAAUGAAAAUCUCAAGGAGUCCUCGGCGUCGGACAAAUAUAUGUAAAUUGGAACCGACAACGCUCAAGUCUGACAGGAUAGCAGACAAUCAGUAUUCCGCCUUGUAUUCAAGGCGGAAUUCCAAGCGUUCGUCUAGGCACUCUUCAUCGUCCGGUUCGACUACAGCAGCAGCAUCCUCUUACUCUGCCAACUCGUGUCUAUCAUCAUCUCCCCACUCGACGACUUCCCUCCCAUACCCGACAUAUUCCAACUCCUGCUGCUCGUGGGUGGAUGACUUGGACGUAGAUGACUAUACUGGGUUCGGCGUGUUUGCGCCAGAUGUCUUUGAAGACUUUGACCCCUCCCAGUCCGAACGGAGCCGAGUACACGAUCCCGAGUUUGAUGGGGUUGGUUUGGUGGAUAGGGCUGUGCACAUCGCAAGCAACGUAAAGGACAUCGUGCAUUGGUGUUCGUCGAUGGUGUUCAACGGGCAAGUGUUUUGA